AUGAGGCUGGUGGGUGGUAAGCUGUCCUCUGAGGGCCGUGUGGAGGUCUACUAUAAUGGACAGUGGGGGACAGUGGGGGACCGUGUGUGACAGCUGGGAUAUUACUGAGGCACAGGUGGUGUGUCGCCAUCUCAACUACCCUGGUGCUCUCACUGCCGUGGUGGGUGGAAUAUACGGACAAGGUAGGUUGGAUCUGUAUGAGUUCUCUUGUAUCCCACUCAUCGCAGUUUCCCAGACACAGAUUAAGCCUUGUCCUAGACUAAAACGCUAUUUCAAUGGAGAUUGAUUCAUUGGAGGCUUGAUCUGUGUCUGGGAAACUGGCCCCAUAUGUAUCUUUUCAUAGGUACAGAAUAUCACACAUUCAUUGUUUGUUUUUAUUGACCCAUGACCCGUUUGUAUUCUGUACACCUAUCUGGAUGGACGAUCUAAGCUCUGAAGGGACAGAGAAAGACCUGUCCCGCUGUCUCUUCAAAGGCUGAGGGGUCACUGACUGCCAACAUGCUGAGGAUGCUGGUGUGGUCUGUGAGAGAGGUAAGACUGACCAAUGACCACAAAGACUCAUCCACAAAGACCUAAAGACCAGACACAGUAUCAUUGAAAGACAAAAUUGAAGAAGCAGAAGUUUUUGGUCCAUGGCUCACUUUGGGAUGCUCAUAGAGACGACAGUACAUGCUCAAUGAGGUGCUCCGUUUACAACGUUGGAGGCUGCUGAGGGGAGGACGGCUCAUAAUAAUGGCUGGAAUGGAGUAUUAAUGGAGUGAAUGGAAUGGUAUCAAACACAUGAAAACAUGUUUGAUACCAUUCCAUUCACUCCAUUCCGGCCAUUAUUAUGAGCCGUCCUCCCUCAGCAGCCUCCAUCGGUUUACAAUGAAUGGCUCUGUUAGAUUGGAAGAUAAUGUAUGAUACAUUUCUGAUAUUUUGUUUAUAUACUGUUUGUGCUAUCCAAAAUAUGAUUUGCUUGAUCAAUAUAUGAUGUGGUUGAUCAAUAUUUUUUUAUUUAAUCAGAAUAGGCUCAGAAUAACAGCCAUGUCUACGCCCUGGACCACAACGCAGGACUCGCUAACCACAUAGGGGCGCUGUUUGACAGUGGACGCGACUGUGACUUUGACAUCAUGGUGCGGGUCGCAAACAACAAAACACUCUCGAUCCAGAGGCCUCCAUCUUAAACGUCUCAAAGGAGGAGAACCCCAGUAACUUCAACCUAGACGUCAGCCUCAACUGCCACCCUCAUUUCACCAAUGUCCUUAGGUAAGGUGACACCAACCUGCUCUACUUUACAAACCUUAGCCUAGUUGCUAUUACAUCAACCCGUUCUUCACCAUAUUGUGGCAGAGAAUCCAUGUAUCUUGUAUCUCUUUCUUCCCCAGGUAUCACUGUACACAAAGCAGAUCAACAUCACUGUGUCCUCUGCCCAGUGCAUCCACAAGAUGGCGUCCGACUGGAGUCUGAGGCAGCUCCAGGAGGCGGCAGGGAGGCUCUUCACCUGGCUGCUCCCAGAGGAUGCCUCCUUCCAGACCCAGAUCUCUCUGUACGAGCACUCCAUCUGUACAGGCGACCCAGUUCUGCAUGAAACCUGUCUGCACUACCUUGCCUGGAACUGUGAGUCGCUGAGCCGUUCCCCAACCUGGACUGGUCUUGGUCUGGGCACAUUAAAGGCCCUUCUGGCCCGUUCAGAAGUGGUAGUGCCAGAUGAUGCCUUCUUGCUAAACGGUUUGGAGGACUGGGUGUUGGAUCAGGGUAACUCAUCCACCCACGAAGACCAGGUCGCCCUUUUGGACUACAUCCCUUUUGCCAUGAUCGCUGCUGAAGAUUUAUUCAACCUCAAAGCUAAGUCUAAACUGUACAUGGACCAACUAGAGCGGUAUAAUGCCGGCAUGUUGCCGGGCUUUCAGUUCAAUGCGCUGCCCUUCCGGAUGCUGUUUGGGAACCUCCUCCAUAAAUAG